UUUCACGAUAGUAAGGCAAGGGGCCAUACGCAUCAGCGCUCAACACAAGUCGCAAUGGCUGCUAAGGAUUAUGUACCUAUUCCUUGCCCUUCACACCCCACAGUCAGCAUAUCGAAGGUCAUUCGAGCGGCUCUUGAAGAGGACGCUGGAGACCGUGGCGAUGUGACGACGAUUGCUACCAUCCCGGAGGACACCCAGGCUACGGCGACGUUCACAGCCAAAAGCGAUGGCGUACUGGCAGGACUGGGUGUGGCAGACGAGGUGCUAGCAGCUGUCGACCCGACCGUGAAGGCUGAGUGGCGCGCCCGCGAUGGCGACCGCGUCGUUCCCGGCCAGGUGCUGGGUGUGCUGCACGGCAGUGCGCGGGCCAUCCUGGUGGCGGAGCGAGUCAUGCUGAACUUCAUGCAGCGCAUGAGCGGCAUUGCCACCGCCACCGCCGCGAUGGUUUCGGCGCUGGACGGACUGAAGACCCGCGUGCUGGAGACGCGCAAGACGGUGCCAGGUCUGCGGCUGCUUGACAAGUGGGCUGUGUUGAUUGGCGGCGGCAGCAACCACCGCAUGGGUCUGUUCGACAUGAUGAUGAUCAAGGACAACCACAUCGCGGCGGCAGGCGGCAUCCGGCCGGCGGUGAAGCGCGCGGAGGAGUGGAUCAGGCAGCAGGGCCUGGCGGGCUCCCUGACCAUUGAGGUGGAGACCUCCACACUGGAGGAGGUGGACGACGUGGCGGCCAUGCUGCGGGCGGCCAAGGCAGCCAAGGAGGGCGGCGAAGCGGCAAAGGAGGGAGACGCGGCUGCCGCGCCGCCUCUGGGCAUGUUUGUGUCGCGAGUGAUGCUGGACAACAUGGCGAAGAAGGACGCCUCCAAGGAGGGCGGUGUGGACGUAUCGCUGCUGGCGGAGGCGGUGGCUCGCCUGGGUGACCUGGCGGAGACGGAGGCCUCGGGCAACGUGACGCUGUCCACGCUGCGCACCAUCGCUGCCACUGGGGUCAGCUUUGUAAGUGUGGGCGCGCUCACGCACUCGGUGUCCGCGCUGGACAUCUCCCUCAACAUCCAGACGCAGUAGGGGGGGCAGUGCGGUUGAGAUGCGUGCAGCGGGACAGCGGGCGAUUAGAGUCUGCAGAGCCGCAAGGAUAGGACAGAGGUGCAGGGGUGUGUGCGGGCGUUCGUGCAUGGCAAGCGAGCAAGUUCACGCGCGCGAGUGGGGCUGAUGGUGCAGAGAUGUGUGGAGAGAGGAGUCGCGGCUUGGGUUGCGGAUGUGGGGCUUUAGGUGCGCGGAGGGCGGCUGCGCUGCGCCGGCUAGCUAGAGAGCGCGGAAAGAGCGAGGAAAGACGGGACGCAGGUAUGGGUUUAGCCUGCUGUACCUCGGGAAGGGGAUAGCUGGGCUGCGGCGCUUCCUUGUCUUCAUAGGUCGGUCAGCAUGUGACGACAUAUGUCAGAUGCGGCGUUAAGGCUCGCCCCGAGGGAGGUGCAGAGUUACCAGAAGGUUGCGCCUGUAAAGGUGGGCGCA